UGUGCAGUGAUUUGUUCCAAACAUGUUAGAAUUCUACACGAACAUGAACGGAGGAUUGAUGCAGGAGGGCAUGCAGCCCCCCAUCACCUGCGCUGCCAGAACAGAACUCAGCGCCAGCAUCAAGCGGGAGAAGAUUGUGGAGAUCUGUGAAGGAUGUGGUCAGAAGAUCCAGGACCGCUACUUGAUGCGAGUGGGUGAGCUGUCCUGGCACGAGCACUGCCUCAGCUGCUGUGUCUGCGGCUGCCCGCUCGCACACACCUGCUACACCAGAAAUGCCAAGCUUUACUGCAAACCCGACUAUGAUAGAUUGUUCGGAGUCAAAUGCACCAGGUGCGGCGACCGCCUCCUGCCGCAGGAGAUGGUCAUGCGAGCUCAACAGUACGUGUUUCACAUUCAAUGCUUUGUAUGCGUCAUGUGUUGCCAGCCUCUCCAGAAAGGAGAACAAUACGUCAUCAGAGCAGGACAAAUCUUCUGUCGCCAAGAUUUUGAAAAGGAAAUGUAUUUGAUGCAACACGCUGAAGAUGAUAUGAUAUUAGAUGAUUCUGAACGUCCUCGAGAUGGUCGCAGAGGCCCGAAACGUCCACGAACCAUACUGACAUCAGCACAGCGCAGGCAGUUCAAAGCCUCAUUUGAAGUCAGUCCAAAGCCAUGCAGGAAAGUCAGAGAAGCAUUAGCCAAGGACACAGGUCUGAGCGUCCGAGUUGUGCAGGUAUGGUUCCAGAACCAAAGGGCCAAGAUGAAGAAGAUCCAGAGGAAAGCGAAGCAGGAGGGAGAGAAGAACAAUGACAAAGAGAAGGACAAAGAUGAGAAGAGUAUCAAGCAAGAGUCCCCAUCGAGCGAGCACGGCAACUACCUGGGCCUGGAUGGCGCAUACUCAGCUUCAAGUCAACCACUCAACCCGAAUCUGCCGUACUCUCCUGAUGAUUAUCCGGCACACUCUGGCGAUAGCUUCUGCAGCUCAGACAUAUCUCUGGAUGGGAGCAACUUCGACCAGCUGGAUGAGGGUGCCUCCGAUACGAUGAGCUUGCAGAACUUGGAAGUGCAGCAUCACUCGCACCAGCACCCCGGCCACUCGGCACACGAGCCACUGAACCUCGGCACUGGCUCCGUCGUGAACCCCAUAGACAAGUUAUACCUCAUGCAGAAUUCUUACUUUAGUACUGAUCAUUGAUUUAACGUGGGACGUGGCGCUGCCCUGACUCCUAUGUUUGGCCAGCGACUGCGCCCAACAACGCACGUCCCCAAAUGUACCGAGACUGCUACUAGUCACAACUUUGUCUAUACCAAUGUUUAUCCACAAACUGCUGUCUUGAACCAGACUGAUACUCUGCUGAACCAUUGUAGGUAAACUGUGUAUGAAGCUGUUGAUUGUUCCGUAGUUAAAUUAGCAAGAGCAAAUAUAUAAAUGUUGUAGGUAGUACUGUCUGUAUUUGCAUUGUGUAAUAUGAUCUAGUUUCCUUCUGUAUCACAAGAAUAAACUCCUGUAGACACUUCAAAUGUGGUAACAGCUGCCCCCUUUCUUUAUUACUUCCAGAACUGUCGUAGAUUAAAACCAUUGUAUUAAUAGACCUAAACUCUAUUGUGUCUUCACUAUGAAAUGGUAUUUCUUAGGCCAAUACAAGAUAACACAAAACAAUGAUAUUUCAAUAAAAUUAUGAUAAUAGGAUACCUCCUGGAAACGGUACAUCCCUAUGUUAAUAUCCCCCAAUAGGCAAAAUAAUUAAUAAUUGUAAUUUUAUUACGAUAGUACAUUAUUCUAGAAAUGUUUAAUCACCUGGUUCACAACAGUUUUAUUAAUCACUUUUACAGCUCUCGAUGUUGUACUAAAUCAGUCGAUAAUUGAAAAUUUCAGUAUUUUAGGCUUUGUAUUUGUAACCUGUUAAAAGUAGACGUCGAAAUGAAUCGAAGAAAUAUAAUUAUUAAACAGUAAAUAUAUAAAAUAAUUUACAGAAAUCACCAAUCACUGAGGAGAUUUACAUAAAUAGGUGUCUGUUGUAUAUAAGAAAUUUGAUGUAUCUAAAUAAAAAGUAGGAAGAGCCUAUAUAUGGCGAAUACAUUCUAAGAAUAUGUUGUUACCUUCCGUAAGAAAUAAGAUAUUCGCUUGUAUAUAUGAAUCUGAACUGAACCAUAAUAUUGUCACUUAAAUUUUGUAGAAAACAGAAAAGGUCAUCAUUUGAGGUAGACUACUUCUACUAUAAAUAUUACUAAAUUUCAGUAGAUAAAGUUAUUUAUUAUUCGUUUCAGUUUUCCAAUCUUCGUAGUUGACUGACCUUUGAGCAAAUAAUGUGUACCUUAUUAAGAAAUUAGUUUUCUGUGAAAUAUAAUACAGUUUAUUAUAUCAUUCUUCAGCUUUCUUCCUUAUUGCUAGACAC